AUGGCGGCUCCAGCCUUUCCCCCGGUUCCCAGGUCGCUCUUCUAUCCGCGCCGGCCCAAAACGCGCGACAACGAAACCGCCCUCCGCCUCGAGGCCCUUGGAGCUAGCCGCCACACGACCUACGCCCAGCACCUGUGGGGAUUCACCAUCCUGCGGACAGUCUACACGCCCGAAUCGGACGCUCUAUUCCCCAUCGCCAUGCGACGGCUGGACGCGUGGGCACGCUAUAGCCCCCACCAGGGCAGGUUUCCGAAAUACGGACAGGCGUAUGAAAGCAAGGCCGUGACCGACGGGGAGCCCAACGAGGAAUUGGCAAAGAGGUUCUAUUGCGACAUGAUAGAGGACAAGGACAGGCUUGCGGGGAUUCAGUCGGACGCCGAGGGUUUCGCCAAGCUCAGGGACUACUUCCGGGAGUGGUUGGUUAGCGUGGGCGUGCAGCCAGACCUUCCGCUGAAUCAUGACGACGACGACAACGACGACGACAACGACGACGAUCCAGAUCUUGGUCCCGCCCUUGAGCCCAACGAGAGCCAUGACGACCCGAGAUUUCGCAGUGUCCUUGUGGUUGACGAGGAGUGCUUGCGUUCGCUGAUUGAGGAACUACCCGACGAGACGCCCCCGCUGAGGACGGCAGUGGAUAGGGAAGAAUGGCUCAAAUACCUGCGUAUGGUACGUGAGGCUGCACGCAAACCACGGGGUUUAUGGUCCUUGGAGUGGGUCCCACAUAACGGCUCCAAGUUGGACAAGUUCAGGACCUUCGUGCAACAGAGCCUGGCCCCAAUCGAGAUGCUGGGCAAUAUAGUCGCUUGGGCGACUAAAGCUGUUUCCCCUCCAAGCGACGUCAUCUUUGCUGCCAUUAAAUAUUUCAUCAAGACUGCAGAUACCGUAUCUUCAGACUACGACAAGAUUACAGGGUUCUUUGACGAUUUGAACUCGUACCUCCACCGGGUGAAAACUUUAGAACAUAAUAAUACCCCAGCAAUACCGGAGUUAGAGGUCGCCCUGACAGAGGUCUCCCGAUCAGUCCUAGUCCUCUACGGCAUCUACACGAAAUACACGCGGAGGAAACGAAUCGUUAAGGCAUUCCGAAACCUUGUCUCUGGUGAGGAUGCGGAGCUCAAAUCCGCAUACGAGCGCUUUCACAAAACGGCCGAGCGGGAACAAGGCAUAGUCAGAUACGCCAUACUCGCUGGCGUAGAGGAGCUUAAACUCUAA